AAGGUUAGCCACUUCGUGACCGGUUUCCAAUUCAUACCUUCCAAAAAGGGUGUUUGCCAGGGCGAUUAUAAUCGGUGAUAUUUGUUAACUAACGAACUGCUCAACUUUUCCAGGAUGGUUAUCAAGGGACAAAGUGGUAGCAGCAGCAAACCUAGGGAAAAACGCGUGGAAGUUGCUCGGAAUAGUAAGCUAAAGGGCAAAGACCCUGUCGUCGAUGAAGAAAUGGAAGAAGAUGAGGAAGGGCGAUCGCUGUCUGGGGAUGACAGUGAAGAAUCUAUUUUUGACGGGGAUGCAUAUGAAGAUGUUGAAGAUGAUGAAUAUGAGGAUGAGAUAUAUGAGGACGAAGAAUUCGAGGAUGAAUUAUGCCAGAGAACAGUGAAACGUGCGCCAAAGAAAAGGCAAUUUGCUAAAAGUAGGAGGGUUAUUGAAGUAGAGGAGGAAGAAGAUAUAGAAGACGAAGACGGUGAAUAUAUGGAUGGUGGGUAUGAAGAUGAAGGAGAGGAUGUUGUUGUUCGCGUUCAGAAAAGAGGGAAGAGUUGGAAGGAGGUCGGGCAGAAUGCUUUGAAGAAGAAGGCACAUCUGCAGAUGAUGCGGAAGAGGCGUAGAGAGGAUUAUGAUGAUGUUGACGAGGGAAGGAGACCUGUGAAGAAGACGAUACUUCCUGCGAUGAAGCAGAUGGGUAGGAAGUUUGAUGAAACAGGGGUAGCAAAAGGAAAGCCCCCUACAAAACAGAAGGCAAUCAGAGGGAAUAACAGGAGGAUGUUUGUGCGGGUAUAUAAUUUUGAAAUUUAUUCAUUGUUUUUAAGGAUUUUUAUGGUAUAAUAAUGUUUUUUCUAC